AUGCAUAUUCAGUCAAUUCCUAUGUGGGAGGGGAGCUCCAACAACUACGCAUAUCUGGUAGUUGACGAUAAGUCCAAGGAUGCCGUCAUCAUUGAUCCCGCAAACCCCCCAGAGGUUGCACCUAUUCUGAAGGACGUUAUCAAGGCAGGCAAGAUCAACUUGACAGCCAUUGUCAACACCCACCAGAGGCAACAAGAACUUGCCGAGCUCGGUACUCCCAAGCUGGAUAUCAUCGGUGGUAAGGACUGCGAGGGCGUAACCAAGACACCCGGCCAUGGCGAGACCUUCAAGCUGGGCGAAAUCACUUUCAAGGGUGUGCAUACGCCGUGCCAUACUCAGGAUAGCAUCUGCUUCUUUGUGGAGGAUGGAAACGACAAGGCUGUGUUCACUGGCGACACUCUAUUCAUCGGCGGUUGUGGAAGAUUCUUUGAGGGCAAUGCCGAGGAGAUGCACGAAGCCUUGAACAAGCGCCUCGCAGCAUUGCCUGAUGACACCGUGGUCUACCCUGGACACGAAUACACCAAGGCCAACGUCAAGUUCGCCGCAUCCGUUUCUCAGCGCGACGCUGUGCAGAAGCUGCACUCGUUUGCCGAGAACAACAAGAUCACCACUGGAAAGUUCACCAUUGGAGAUGAAAAGGAACACAAUGUGUUUAUGAGAGUCGAGGACCCCGAGAUUCAGAAGAAGACAGGCGAAUCUGAGCCUGUAGCAGUCAUGGCGAAGUUGCGUGAGAUGAAGAACAACUUCAAGGAACCAGAGCCGAAGAUCUAG